AUGGCGCCUAUGAUGGGUUUCCUUCCACCCAAAAAAGACAACCAGUUGGCAAAUUUCAUUACUACUUCCUCAAAGGAUCCUAAAAAACGCUUUUCAUUAAGACUAUCAGCUAUACUACUGAAUGGAACUGUGAAAAUUUACAAAGAGAAGGUUCUUCUUCUCCAAGGCCAGGUUGUUUCUGCCUUACAGAUUAUUCAUAUUCCAAGUGGUUCCAAAGUUAGAUUAACUUCGGUCCAUGCAGAAGGACUUUUUGAAACUCCUCCAACUCCAGUAGUGAAAAUCAAAACAAAACGAGGCAAAAAACAAAUUGUUGAAACACCCACCGCUGUAGCAUCAAUAUCAGAAAUAGGGUUUCGAGAAGAGGAAUUGCAGUUACCAGAAAUUGAAGGUUUCAUUCCCCAAGCUACGAGCGACUUGAUUUCUCUGAGAGAAGAGGCACCUCGAAGAAGUGAGGAACAUGCAUUGGAAGAAGAAGGUUUUGGAGUAUUAACAGGAAAAGAGUUGGAAAUGGAAAUAGAUUCACUAUUCUCUGCUAAUACAGGUUCUACAGAGCAGGACUCAGCGCAGAAAAAAGUAUAA